UGCUGCUCUUCUUACUUCGAAAAAGGGGGAGAGACAGGCAGAGAGUGAGAAAGUGAGAGACAGGGAGGGAGAACGUGAGAGAGAGAUAGAGAGAGAGGCUGAGAAAAGGGAAAACGGGUAGGUACCACAGAGGGUGAAAGCAGGAAAGUUUUCAACAAGUUGGAGAACUCUAGAACAAAAUCCUCAGGCUGCACGACGGCAAGGCAAACAGACGUGGAACUGAACACACACACACACUCGCCGAGGAGAGAAAGCAGAGCUUUAUUCCACGGGGUGUGUCCAUUCUGGGUGGGGUGCGGGUGUGUGUUAAGCCAGCACAUAAGCCAGCCACGUUAGCAAUGUGUGAGGACGCAGUCCAAGCCGAGAGAACCAGCAUGGUCCACGAGAGCCAGGACCUGGUGGUCCCCAGCCCUGACCAACCCUCUCCCAGCCACAGCCUCACCCAGCUGGGCAUGGGAGAACUAAAUGAGGCCUCCAAGUCUGGAGCUCCGGAAGCAACAACCACCAAGGACUCAACACCAGGUGCGGGCGUCCCGGGGACGGGCCCGGUCAACGCCAUCACAGUGCUGACUCUCCUGGACAAACUGGUUAACAUGCUGGACACGGUGCAGGAGAACCAGCACAAGAUGGAGGUUCGCCAGGCCGAGAUGGAGGGGGCAGUCAGGGGGAUCCAGGCUGACAUGACGAAGCUGUCCAAGAGCCACACACACACAUCCAACACUGUCAGCAAGCUGCUGGACAAGAGCCGCAAGGUGUCAGUCACUAUGAAGGAGGUGCGAGACAGGAUGGAGCGACAGGCUGGCCAGGUUAAGAAGCUGGAGGCCAAUCACUCUCAUCUGCUGAAGAGAAACAAUUUCAAAGUGCUCAUAUUCCAGGAGGAAAAUGAAAUUCCAUCCAGUGUUUUUGUUAAGGAUCCCAUUCCUACACUCCCAGAGGAGGGGGAGGAGCCUGCCGCCGACGCUGAUGCCAACCAUUCCAUGGAGGAGGGGCUUCACACAAUCGACCUAUCCUCAGAUGAGGAUGUGGGGCUUGAGGCGGAGCAGGAAGAGGGAGAUGGACUGCAUGACCUGGUCGGAGAUCCCAUUGAGAAAUCCCGCACAGAUAAAUUCAAACGCUCCAGUCUGAAGAAGGUGGACAGUCUGAAGAGGGCUUUCUCCAAAGCCAACAUCGAGAAGAAAAUGAACAAGAUUGUGUCCCAGGAGAAACGAGAAAAAAUCAAGAAAAGCCUGACGCCCAGUCACCAGAAGAGUCCCGGAGGAAAGAGCUCCUCCUUUAAAGUGUCACCUCUCACUUUCGGCAUCAAGAAGAACCCUGAGCUGGAGGGCCAUCAUCCUGAAGCGGAAGCCGAGGCCCAGGUCUCGUCCCAGACCGCCGUGGCCUCCAUCGAGCUCUCCCCGCUCGCCAGCCCUGACGAGGAGGCCUCCUUCCACGAGGUGCACUCCCAGCUGGCCCCAGGCCUGGAGGAGUCCAAGGCAGAGGCUGACUCUUUGGAAGCAGGAGACGUGGCCACCAGUCGAGUUCUGGAAUCCGUCCAAAUUCCCGAAUUCAACGGUGUUCCAGAUACCAGUCCGUUCCGAAGAUCCGACAUUCCCGAGACGGAUAUGCUGGUUUUGACGGAAGGAGUGAGCGAGGAAUACGCCCUCUCAGCCACGCUGCCACAAGACAUCUCCCACACUAGCUCUGCCUUUGUCAACGAAGAUGAGGAGGAAAUAGAGAUGAAGGUGAAGGAGAUGGAGGCGAGCCGUCUGGAGGAGGAGGCCUGAGGCUGUUAAGGCCUCUAAACACACACACGUGUAAACACGCUUUCUGAAUAGCUUAUACCUAUUCUCUAACAUACUUCCACAUUUCCACACACUUUCCUCACCAUCAUCUUCCAAAAAACCAUCUGCCCUCUGUAAAACAUGCACACACAUGAGCUGUUAAAUUUCGUUCUUGUAUUUCAUUGUGCAUUACAUAUUCGUGCGCUUUGUGUGUGAUCAUGUGUGUGUGCUACAUGUGUUUGCGUCAGGGCAGAUGUCUGUUUAGCAUGUGAAAAAGGAUGAUGAUGAUUUGUUUUGUUUUAUCUUUUAAAGCUCUUUACAAAUAUGGAAAUCCCCUCAUGCUAUUGCUUAAAGUUUAAACCUACUGUUUGUGUUAUGUGUAAGAUGCUAACUUGUUGUAUGUGCUAAUAUAUAGUUGAAUUGGUGACACUUUACUUGAUGCCAACCAUACAAAAACAUACAUAGUACUGUUUUACCUUACAGAGAAUCUGCAGAACUUUCUCACACAAUGGCAGCAGUUGAUAAUAAAAAUAAAUGCAUUCUGUACAAGUAGAAGGCAUUAUUGUGAAUUGGUCGGCUUCAAGUAAAGUGUCAGUGAUAUGUUGUUUUCUCUAAAACGAAUUAAAAUGAUAUCUGGUGCCAAAGAAACUUCUCAAGUUAUUUUCCUAAAUGUUAACACUUCUCUCCAGAAUCCUUAGAAAUCUAAAGAAAUAAAGAAUUUGUAACUGA